AUGAACAACCCAGGCCCCUCCGCCCUCCCGCCAACCACUGUCCACAGUACGCAAAGCAUUAGCCAAUCUGCUGCACACGACUUCCUCGCUGCGUACCUCACUCGCGCAGCUACAGACCCCGCUCUGCAACCUAAUGCCAAUAUCAGCGAGCAUGGACCUGUUUCGCGCACGACCGCCGCUGCGCCGAACCUGAUUCUCCACAACCUGAAGCGCGUACAGGCUGGUCUGGCGGGCGAAGUCCUGGGAACGGAUCUUACUUUCGCUAAGCAGAAUCCUGGUGAAGAUUACUUGGAUGCCGGACUUGUGGAUGGCAAGCAGGGCGAAGAGGUAGAGAAUGGAGGAGAUGAUAUGGAGAUGACGGAGCCUGCGUUUGAGAUGGAGGCCGAGGCUUAUCAGGAGCAGGAGGGUGAACAGGCGACUAUUGAUAAGGAGGAGAGGAAGCGAUUGAAGAAGGAGAGAAUGAAGAAGGAGAAGAAGGCAAAGGCGCAGAAGGGAAAUGAGUCGGAGUGA